GAGAAAGUGAAACUAACUUGAUCAACAACAAUAUGGAUGCCUGAAACGAUCAACCUCUUUAAACAACAGAAUAUUUAUUGAGCCGUUCAAAGAGUCUUGUGGACACAUCUGAUACUCACAGAACAGGAGAGAAUGGCAGAUUCUUCAACAACAUCAACAAAAGUGAGAAAAACCAGGAGAAAGAGUAUUGACUCUUGUCCUCCAAGGAUGUCAUCCUCCAGUGGUCCACUGACUGAGGAGCUUCAGUGCUCGAUAUGUCUGGACGUGUUCACUGAUCCAGUCAGCACUCCAUGUGGACACAACUUCUGCAAGACCUGUCUGAAUAAGUGCUGGGACAACAGCCAGACCUGCAACUGUCCAUAUUGUAAAGAAACAUUCAAGAUCAGACCUGAUCUCAAGAUUAAUACCACACUCAGAGAAGUUGUAGAUCACUAUAAAAAGAAAAGUCCUGAGAAAAAACCUGAAGUUCUGAAAAAUGCUGAAGUUCUGUGUGACUUCUGUGAGGAAAGAAAGCUGAAAGCCCUGAAGUCGUGUCUGGUGUGUCAGAGCUCUUACUGUGAAACUCACCUGGAGCCUCAUUUGAAAGUGGCAGGCUUAAAGAAACACAAACUGAUCAAUCCUGUGAGGAAUCUGGAGGACUAUAUAUGUCAGAAACAUGAGAGACCUCUGGAGCUGUUCUGUAGAGAUGAUCAGACAUGUGUGUGUCUGUCCUGCACUGAAGGACUUCACAAGAACCACAACACUGUUCCUGUAGAAGAGGAGAGUGAAGAGAAGAAGACUCAACUGAUGAAGACUCAGAAAGACGUGGAGCAGAUGAUCCAGGACAGAAUCAAGAAGAUUCAAGACGUCAAACACUCAGCAGAAGUCAGAAAAAGAAACACAGAGGAGGAGAAAGCAGCCCGUGUCGAGCUCUUCACUGAUCUCAUUCGCUCCAUUGAGAGAUGUCAGACUGAACUGCUGGAGAUGAUGGAGGAGCAGCAGAAAGCAGCAGAGAAACAGGAGGAAGAGCUCAUUGAAGAGCUGGAGCAGGAGAUCACUGAGCUAAAGAUGAGAAACACUGAGCUGGAGCAGCUCUCACACACUGAAGAUCACCUCCACCUCCUACAGAUUUACUCAUCCCUGUGCAGCUCUAGAAACACCAGGAACUGGUCUGAGAUCAGUGUGAAGACUGAUGAGAGUCUGGAGACUCUGAGGAGAGCUCUGACUCAACUGCAGGACACUCUACAGGAGAAACUCACUCUAAAUGUCUCUACAGAUCUGAAGAGGAUGCAGCAGUAUGAAGUGGAUGUGACUCUGGAUCCUGAUACAGCUCAUCCUAAACUCAUCCUGUCUGAUGAUGGAAAACAAGUGAGAUGUGGAGACAUUAGACAGAAACUCCCAGACAAACCAGAGAGAUUUGAUAGAUAUGCAUUUGUCCUGGGAAAGGAGGGAUUCUCUUCAGGGAGAUUUUAUUUCGAGGUGCAGGUGAAGGAAAAGACUGAAUGGACAUUAGGAGUGGCCAGUGAAUUCAUUGACAGGAAGGGACAGAUCACCCUGUGUCCCAGUAAUGGAUACUGGACUGUGAUUCUGAGGAAUGAGAACGAAUAUAAAGCCUGUGAUGAUUCUCUUGUCUCUCUGUCUCUGAGAGUGAAGCCGCAGCGGGUCGGUGUGUUUGUGGAUUAUGAGGAGGGUCUGGUCUCCUUUUAUGAUGUGGAGUCCAGCUCUCAUAUCUACUCUUUCACUGGUCAGGCUUUCACUGGGAAUCUCCAUCCAUUUUUUAACCCGUGCACUAAUGAUGGAGGUAAAAACUCAAGUCCACUGAUCAUCACACCUGUAAAAUACAAUAAAUUAAUUUAUACCCCAAUAUGAAAUAGGUGAUGACAGUUAUGAUCUUAAUAAUUAAAUCUGAAAAGUGUCACAGUCACAUGGACUUUCACUUUGUUUGUUGUCAUCUGUCACAUGAUUCCUUUGUUCUAUUUUCCCACUAAUAUCACUUACCAUGGACACUAAUCCAAUUCAUCACAGCUGUUCGUCAUUUGAGAAAAUCAAUCAGUGUAUUUAAGUUCCUGUUUGUGUUCAGUUGGUUGUCCUGUUGGAUUUUCUAGUAAAAGACUUAUUGGACUCUUA